UCCAAACACAGUUCAUUCCAAAUGGAUUGUUUAUUGUAAAACAUGUUGAAGAUUAGCGAACAGGUGGACAAUUCACUAAGCGAUGAGUUGUUUCCUCACAAAAGGAGUUUAUUUGGCACACUGAAGCAUCUCCUCCAUAGUCAUCCAUUCAAAAGAACGGCCUUUUGUCUCCUCGCCAGUGUACCGCCGCUGUAUGCUAUUUAAUACUAAGCUGGUAGGCUGCUUACUACAAGAGCUCUGGGUGACACUCCACAGGCUCCACCCUGGCAUCCUCCAUGUUGUUACUCCACGCGAAGGCGGGCGAAUUUGAAAACAGCGCAGAUUCGUUUGCGUCUACGGGAUGUAGCUUUUCUUUUUAUAUGAUCCCAGACAGUACUGUUAAACACAAGCAAGUGUAAGUUAAACAAAAAAUACACCUCUGUUAGUAUACUUCAUCAAUUUAUCUUUUAAUUGUCUUACUGGCUAUCAGCAGUCCGCCAUCGUUUCUGGAUCUGUAUUUGUUCCAAAAUGAGCAACAAAACCCCACGAUUAGCGUCGGCUGGUCGGUCGAGGAAGAGCAACGACCAUAUCAGAAAGUCAAAUGGAGCCAGUCCUGCAAGACGGAGAUCUUCCAGGUUGUCGGCAAACGAUGAAAAUCUGCCCUCUAUAAUUGUGGCUCCACCAGUGGCUGUUAAACGGUCGAUCACCGUUCGAAAAAUAGCACCCAGGAAAACUCAGGCCCUGUCGGACAGUAACAAAGAGAAUGUGGAAAGAUUAUCUGAAGUGGCAUUAAAGGUGUCCAAAGUCAUGACAUCAUCCCCAUGUGUAGCAACUGCACCCAAGACGGCCGUCCUGUCGCCCGUCUUGCCUCCUCCUCCUCCAUCAUCUCAGCAUAGAGAACCUGAGCAGGACCCUGUUUGGUCCCAGAAAGUGAGGCGCUCCUACAGUCGGCUUAGUUUUGGGGAAAAGUCCUUUGAAAGCCCCAAAACUCAGCCUGCUUCUUCCUCAUCUCCCAACAACCGAGAGACCCUGUUUGGGUUUGAGAGGCUUCAGACACCAGAGGUGAUGCGUAAAACAGAACGGUCUGGAAUAGCUCCUCAAGGCUCUUCGUCAUUCAGUGUGGGUUCUUUUAACACCUCAACUGCUGAUGACACCGCAUCUUGCCCUCCUGAAGUGGAUCCAAACAUUCCUGGUGUGUGCCUGGUGAAGAAAACCACCAGGAGGAAGCGUGUGCAACAGAUCAAGAUGUAUGAAUUGGAAGUUCUUGCCGCAAAGAUGAAUGCAGAAUUUGAAGAAGCGGAACAUUUUGAUCUGGUUGUUGAAUGAUAUUUGCAAAGAUCCUCAUGUGUUCAGGACAUUUUGUGUACAUGAUACUAGUCAACAUGUGGCUUAAUUAGUGUUCAUUACUCUGAAGAACUGACCACCAUUUCUUUUUGUAUGCAGAAAUGAUUGCAAGCACAUUUAAGAGAUCAAACAAAAAGUUGUAUUGUUUUUACAAAAUAAAAUUAGAUCAUUUUACAUUAAAAAAAAACCUAUUUUUGAGAUUUAGGCAUUUAAAAUUCAGAACUAAAUUUCUUCAAAUGUAAUUGUGUUAUGUUUAACAAAAUUAAUAAAAUGUAAAAUAUUAUUUAGUUUUAUUUUAUUAAAGAUUACUCAAUUCAAUUUGAUGGAAUUUUCUUAUGAAAUUAAAAUGCGUAAAUCUAAAAGGGAUAGCACCCUAAAAUUAAAAUUCUCUCAUUUACUCACCCUCAUGCCGUUCCAGAUGUGUAUGACUUUCUUUCUUCUGCUGAACACAAAUGAAGAGUUUUAGAAGAAUAUUUCAGUUCUGUUCGUCCAUACAAUGCAAGUGAAUGGUGACCAGAACUUUGAUGCUCCAAAAAGCAUAUAAAAGCAACGUAAAAGUAAUCCAUAAGACUCCAGUGCUUUAAUUCGUGUCUUCUGAAGCGAUCCAUUUGGUUUUCGGUGAGAACAGACCAAAAUGUAACUCCUUUUUCACUGUACAUCUUGCCAUUGCAGUCUCUGGGCAUGAUCAUGAUUUCAAUCUCAAUUACACUUCCUAGUGCUUGACGCAUGUGCAGAGCACUAGAUGGCGCUAUAGGAAGUGUAAUUGAGCUUGAAAUUAUGAUCGCCAAAGAGACUGCUGUCAAGAUAUAUACUGAGAAAAGUUACAUUUUGGUCUUCUCACCCAAAACCAACUGGAUCACUUCAGAAGACAUGAAUUAAACCACUGGAGUUUGAUGGAUUGUUUAGGCUGACUUGAUCUGCUUUUUGGAGCUUCAAAGUUCUGGUCACAAUUCACUUGCAUUAUCUGGAGCUAUAGAGCUGAGAUAUUCUUCUAAACAUCUUUGUGUUCUGCAGAAGAAAGUCUUACACAUCUUAGAUGGCAUGAGGGUGAAUAAAUGAUGCAUUUUCAUUAUUAGGUGAACUAUCCCUUGAAUUUUUAUUUUAUUUUUGAGUGUACAGUAAUGCAAAUUAUUAAUAAAACAGAAUGGCAUUUAGAAAAUUCACCAAAGCAAAUCAGUGUUGAAGGUUGUGUUUAGUAGUUUAUUUAGAUGUUUAUCAUAUAUGAUGGAUCAGUAUGGUUAACAUCUAUUUGGCCCAAAACUUUUAUUUUGUCUUUCUAAUGUUUUUCAAAUGUUCUGUCUUUAGUUUCUUAAUUUUUUCAUGUGUAUUAAUGUGUUUUCAUUGCAACAAUAUCACUGUGGUGGUCCGCUCUUUUAAUAAGUAGCAUUUUGAUAUGCGUAGUAAUAGUUUAACUUUCAUUCAAAAAAAUAGAUAUAUAUUUUGCAGACUUUUAAGAUUUUCACAUUUUACUUAUAACAAAAUUCUAUCAAAUUGAAUUGUGUAAUUUUUAACUAAAUUAAAUACAUAAAACAUAAUAGUUUUUAUUGUAUUUGGUUAAAGAUUACUAUUCAAUUUGAUGGUAUUUUGUUAUGAAAUUGAAAUGAGUAUAUCGUGUUUUUUUUUUUUUUUUAAGUGUUGAGUCUGCAGUGUGUUGCAAAUAGAGUUGUACACUUAAGCUCUUAAAGGAGCUGCUAAGUUUGAUUGCAUCUUAUCUGUUUCCAGAUUUAUGAUACAUCAGAUAUGAUUUGUUUGUUUUGAAUAUAUUUUGAAUAUUUUGGAAUUAAAAUGAUAAAAUGGUUUGAAUAUAGAUGCAGAUAGCUCUUAGAGGUUGAAAAUACAGAGUAGAGUUUUUCUGUCAGAAAUACAGUAAUUUGCUGACAAAGUCCUGGUUUUGCCAUGUGUCACCACUAGAGUGAGCACUUGAUCAUCAAUGCCCAACUCUGCGACAUUAGUGAAUUUAAAUCUGGGCCAUUUCAGAAAAGAACCCUUGUCUCUAAACUAUUUUCAUAGUUGCGAUUCAUAAUUGGUAUUUUCCUGUUGGAAAAUGAAUCCUAAGCCCUUAAUGCAAGUGUUUGGCUGACAAAAACAGGUUAUCCAAAUUGGCCUUUAUUUGCUGCAACAACAACAACAAAAAAAGCUUUUCAGUUCCUCCCCAAAUUAUGAUGCUAUGUGGAAACUCAAUGGUAGUGCAUGGCACUUACAACACCGAGGAACCCAACAAAAACGAAUACCUUGAAUGCACCGAAAGUUGCUGUGGAUAAAAAUGUCUGCCAUAUGAAUCAAUGAAAAUGACGAUUGGUUCAUGCCAAACAUAGCACUUUUUCUCUAACAUCGCAAAAUUCCAUGGGAAGUUCUUUGGUCUUCAUAAAAGCAGCUCUGAUCUUAUCUGCUGUUGAAAAUUCGAACAACACAAAGUCAGUGAUAUUCAUUGUGCAAUCAAGCAAUUGAACAUAUUAGAUUCAGAAUGGAAACAGGUGUAGGCCACUUUGUUAAUAUAUUAUUUAGCAUGAUCUCUCUCAAUUGAACACCACAUCCAGUAUAGGUUGUUAAAGGUUGAGUAAAUAGUUUUAUAAUGAUUCUGUACAAAACUACUAUAAUAAAAUAAAAACA